UAAAAUGACAAUUAUAGUAUUAUCAAUUUUCAUCGAAAUGUUGAAUAUUUUCUUGGCCAAUACUAUUCCUAUGAAUGGGAUCAAUGACUCGAUUACAAAAUGCGCUGAAUUAAAGCAUAAAUGCAAUCCAAAUCUUCAAGAUCCUUGCUGCAAUCCAACCAGAAUAUGUGUUAAUAAAAUACGUGAUCAACUUUAUACUUCUGAUUAUAUAUGUCUUAAAAAAGGCGUAUUGAAUAGUCCCUGUAAAAAAUCAUUCGACUGCGAAGCAAUAAUUGGAGCGAAAUGUUCGGAAAAUGGACGGUGUGUUUGUAGAAAACAAUCGGUUGCGUACAAUGAAACUAUUUGUUUACGGACUUCAAUGAAUGAUCGUUUAGUUGAUGAACUCAUGGAUUAUUAUGAUUUCAAUGGAAUAUUCUAUUUGAAAAGAAAUUAUUCAACCAAAUCUGGGUGUCAGAUUAUAUCAAACACAAAUUACGGUGAGCCAUGCAAUAAUGAUAUCCAAUGCUCAGAAGAUCAUCAUUCAAAUCUUAAGUGCAUUAACAAAGAAUGUAAAUGUCCAAAUGGAACCCAAUUCACUCUCGAUACAUUAAUGUGCCAAAAUAGUAUGGGCGGUAUCAAUAAGCCAUGCUUAGUCAAUAAAAAAUGUUUACUUGAAAAUUCAUAUUGCAAUCCUUAUGGAAUAUGUAAAUGCAAAGUUAAUUAUUACUAUACACUUAAUGAUAAAUGCGAAUUUGAUAAAUCAAGAGGUAAUUGCAGUAAAGACGAUGUAUUUUUGCAUACACAAAGCCGAACGCUUUAUAGACCCGCAAAAAAACCAAAUGACCCGUGUUUGAGUAAUACUGAUUGUAAUGACGUCAAACACACUACUUGUCAGUCAAGGGCUUGUAAAUGUAUCAGAAAUUUCUAUGUAUCUGAAAAGACUGGAAAUUGCACCCGUUAUGCAAAACAACCAAACGAACGAUGCAUAGAAGAUAAAGGCUGCCGUAAAAUAGAUAAUACAAAAUGUAAAUCGAGAAUAUGUCAAUGUGAUGAAAAUUUUCCUUUGAAUGUGGCAACAAAAAAAUGCGAAUUUUUGCUAGGUCGAAGAUGUACAGAAGAUUCAAAUUGUGACACUACAAAAAACAUAGUUUGUUCAAAAGGAAAAUGUGUUUGCGAUGUAAAUCAUUUUGAAAAAAAUUAUAUCUGUGUGUCAGGUAUUGAUGGAAACUGUAAAGAAUCUGAAGAAUGUCAUGUGAAUAAUUCAUUUUGUCAAAAUGACAGAUGUAAAUGUGCGAUGAAUUUUUAUGCAUCAAAAAAUAAAUCUUUGUGUAUUGCAAAUGCCAAAUCUUUAUAUGAUUAUUGUGAAAGCGAUGAGAGCUGUAAAGAAAUAGAAAAUACAGAAUGUUCGAAUAAUAAGUGUCAAUGCAUGUUAAAAUUUAUCGAGAAAGACGGAAAAUGUAGAUCAUUAGAUUACUGUGAAGCAAAAGUAGACUGUCAGCAGCCAAAAUAUUCAGUGUGUAGAAACAACAAAUGUGUUUGUUCACUAAAUAGAUAUUUAUCGUCUAAUAAUACAAAAUGUAGUAGCUAUGCCAAAAGUAUCGGAAGCUCAUGCGAAGACGACAAAAGAUGCGCACGUGUCAAAAACACAAAGUGCAUAGAGAAAAAAUGUGCUUGUGUUGAAAACUAUUUUGAAGAUAACAACAAAUGUAAAAGCCUCAUUGACGCAGAGUGUUCUGAAAAUUCGGAUUGUAUAGCCAAUAAAUCUUUGUGUGUUUCGAAUAGAUGCAAAUGUUUUGAAAAUUUUCAUCCAUCAACGGACAGACGGGAGUGCAGAAAAUAUGCUAAUCAUGUGAAUGAUCUCUGCGAGGACAAUGAUGAUUGUACAAAAGUUAAAAAUUCAAAGUGUUCCGAAAACGAUCAAUGUGUUUGUAAAAUAAAAUAUUUUGAAAAAGAUAACGAGUGCAAAGCAUUUAUUGGUACGAAUUGCACAGAAGAUUCAGAGUGUGGAGCUAAUAAUUCUCAAUGUGAUUCAAAUGAAUGCAUAUGUUCUCAUGGAUUUUAUUCGUCUAUAAAUAAACAGGAAUGUAUUGAAUAUGCUACAAAACCAAAUGAACCUUGCGAAAGCGACAAAAGUUGUACAUAUGUCGAGUACUCAUAUUGCUCAAAAAGUAAUGAGUGUACUUGUAAACCCAAUUACCUUUUGAUAGACAAUAAGUGCCGCGGACUUAUCGGAGAGGAUUGUUCUGUAGAUUCAGAUUGCGGAGUAAAAUAUUCAACGUGCAAAUCGAACUCUUGUACGUGUCCAGGAGAUUAUUAUUCAUCUAAUGACAAAAGCAAUUGUUUUCAGUAUGCAAAGAAACUAAACGAUUUCUGCGAAACGGAUGAGGCUUGUCGUGAUGUUAAGUUUACAUAUUGCUCUGUAAAUAGACAAUGUACUUGUUUGAUGAACUAUACAGUAACAAACGACAAAUGUCGCGGACUUAUAGGAACGAAUUGUUCAGAAGCUUUAGAUUGUGCAACAGAAAAUUCAAAAUGUGAAUUGAAUGUUUGUCAAUGUCUUGAGGGUUUUCGGUUUUCUUUCAGCAAUCAAAAAUGCUAUGCUCAUAGCAAACAUCUGAAUGAUUACUGUGAAACUGAUGAUGAUUGUAACAAUAUUAAAUACACGUACUGCACGGUAAACAACAAGUGUAGUUGCUUGGCGAAUUAUAUUGAAGUAGACGGAAGUUGCACAGGGCUUGUCGGCGAAAAAUGUUCAGAUGACGAUGAUUGUGCAGUUGAUAAUUCUAAAUGUGAAGCUACCGUGUGCCAAUGCGAUGUUGAUUUUUAUUUAUCUACUAACAAAGAUAGAUGUUAUCCCUUUGCGUCACAAGUUAAUGACUUUUGUGAAACUGAUUGUGGUUGUCAAAAACUUGAUCGCACUCACUGCUUUGAAAACGUGUGUACUUGCUGGCCGAAUUAUAUUAUAGUAGAUGGGCAUUGCCGUGGACUUAUAAAUGCAAAAUGUUUUGUAAACUCCGAUUGCUCCAUAGAAAAUUCAAUUUGCGCUUCUAACACUUGUCAAUGUCCUAUCAAUUUUUAUCUUUCUGCAGACGAAAACCAGUGUCAUUCAUUCGCUAAACACAUAAAUGACUUCUGCGAAACUGAUGUUGGGUGUCGUGAUCUAAAAUUCUCAUAUUGUUCCGAGGAUAAAAAAUGUACUUGUUUACGUGGCUAUAUAAAUGAUGAUGGAUAUUGCAGUGGACUAAUUGGCUCGAUAUGUUUCAAAAGUUCAGAUUGCGCAGCAGACAAUGCAAUCUGUGAUGAAUCAAAAACCUGUCAAUGUCCUGUUGACUUUUACCUAUCUGUCAACAAACAGGAGUGUUAUCCAUAUGCAAAAAAACAAACCGAUUUCUGUGAAACUGAUGUUACUUGUCGUAAUCUCAAAUACACUUACUGUUCUGGAGACUAUAAAUGUGUCUGUUUACAAAACUACAUUACAAUUGACGGCCAUUGUCGGGGCCCAAUUAACGCCACAUGUUCCGAAGAGUCGGAUUGUGCAGUAAACAAUUCAAUUUGUGAUGAAUCAAACACUUGUCAAUGUCCUGACAGUUUUUACCUGUCUUCAAACAACGAAACCUGCAACCGUUAUGCCGAAAAAAUACAUGAUUUCUGUGAUAAUGACAGUAGCUGUCGCAAUGUGCAAUUUACCUUUUGCUCUGCUGACAAAAAAUGUACUUGUUUAUCAAACUAUGAAGAAAUAGCUGGAGAUUGUCAUGCCCUUAUCGACGCAUUUUGUUCAAAAGACUCAGAAUGUGCAGCAAACAAUUCAGUUUGUGAAUCAAAUAUUUGCCAAUGCCGCAUUGACUUUUAUCCUUCUUUAAACAAAGACAAGUGCUAUCCAUUCGCUAAGCAACUUACUGAUUUUUGCGAGACCGACGUAGGAUGUCGGGAUCUCAAAUAUACUCACUGUUCUGACAGCAAUAGAUGUGUUUGUUCACCAAACUAUACAGCAGUAAACGGAUAUUGUCGUGGUUUCAUAGGUUCUCAUUGUUCUGGAAGCUCAGAUUGUGCCUCGAAUAAUUCUAUAUGUCUAUCAAACAUCUGUCAGUGUUCUGUAGAUUCAUAUUUUUCAACCGAUGACGGCCAAUGCCACUUGCUCGCUAAAAGAAUUAAUGAUUCUUGUGAAACUGAUACUGGAUGCCGCGACCUAAAAUAUACAUACUGUUCUGAAGAUAACAGAUGUACUUGUAUAGAAAAUUAUACAAUAUUAAAUGGAUACUGCCUCGGAUUGAUUGAUGCAAACUGCUCUGAUGAUUCUGACUGUGCAAUAGACAAUUCGAUUUGCGAUGACUCAGAUACUUGUCAGUGUUCUAUUGAUAGUUACUUGUCUGUGGAUGAAGAUAAAUGUCACCCGUAUGCUAAACAUCUGCAUGAUUUCUGUGAAAAUGAUAUGAGUUGUCGCGAUCUCAAAUUCACUUAUUGCUUUGACAGGAAAUGUGCAUGUUCAAUUAAUUAUAUGAGUAAUAAUGAAUCUUGUCUUGGUUUGAUUGGCUCAGCGUGUUCUGACCAUUUAGAAUGUGCCGCUGAAAAUUCAGUAUGUGACCAAACAAAUACAUGCCAAUGUUCUGUUGAUUGUUAUCCAUCUUUGAAUAAAGAGAAAUGUCAUCAAUAUGCUAAAAAACUAAAUGAUGAGUGCGAAACAGAUGUUGGUUGUCGACAUUUGAACUUUACGAACUGUUCUGAAGACUACAAAUGUUCUUGUUUUGAAAAUUAUACUGUAGUUAACGGAUAUUGUCGCGGACUUAUUGAUGCAAAGUGUUCAGAUGAUUUCGAUUGUGCGGUAGAAAAUUCAAUUUGUGAUACAUCAAACACUUGUCAGUGUUCUGUUGACAGCUACUUAUCUGUAGAUGAAAGAAAAUGCUACGCAUUCGCCAAACAAUUGAAUGACUUCUGCGAAAGUAGUAACAGCUGCCGUGAUUUAAAAUACACGUACUGCUCUGAAGACAAUAGUUGUAUUUGUUCUGAAAAUUAUAUCGAAGUAGACGGGUAUUGUCGUGGAUUUAUAGGCAUGAAUUGUUCGAAAAAUUCUGAUUGUGCAAUAGAGAGAUCGAUCUGCCAAUCGAGCACUUGUACGUGCCCGAAUGAUUUCUAUUUAUCUGAAACUGGUAACCAGUGUUAUCAAUAUGCGAAAGAACUCAAUACUUUUUGUGAAACUGAUAUUAGCUGUCGUGAGUUCAAGUACACACAUUGUUCUUAUGAUAGCAGAUGUACUUGUUUAGAAAAUUAUACGGUAGUUGAUGGCAACUGUCGCGGAUUAAUUAACGCAUAUUGUUAUGAUGAUUUGGAUUGCGCUGUAGAAAACUCGAUUUGCAAAUCCGAAACUUGCCAGUGCCCUAGUAAUUUUUAUUUAUCAAUCAAUAAAAAAAAAUGUUAUCCAUAUGCUAAACAAUUGAAGGAUUUUUGCGAAAGCGAUAUUGGUUGUAUCGAUCUCAAACAUACAGUUUGUUCGAACAGUAACCAGUGUACAUGUUCUUCUAAUUACGCGGUGAUAGAAGGAUAUUGCCUGGGUUUAAUUGGUGCGAAUUGUUCUGAUAAUUUAGACUGUGGAGUAUACGAAUCAAUUUGUGAAUCGAAUAUUUGUCAAUGCCGCUAUGGUUUUUAUUUAUCUGAAAACCAGGAAAAAUGUUACGCUCACGCUAAACAACUCAACGAAUUUUGCGAAAACAAAAUCGGUUGUAGUGAUCUAAAAUAUGCUGUCUGUUCUGAAAAGAACGAGUGUGUUUGCUUACGGAACUAUACCAAUAUUGAAGGACAUUGUAGGGCUGACAUUGGUUCAAAUUGUUCUGAAGAUUUCGACUGUGCGGUAGACAAGUCAAUUUGCAAAUUGAACCUUUGUCAAUGUCCUAGUAACUAUUAUUCGUCUACAGAGAAAGAAAAAUGUUUCCCGUAUGCAAAACAAUUAAAUGAAUUCUGUGAAGACGAUGUUGGCUGUCAAGAUCUUAAGUAUAGUCACUGCUCCAAAGAUAAUCGAUGUAUUUGCGAGGCCAACUAUAUAGAAACAUAAAUGACUUCUGCGAAACUGAUGUUGGGUGUCGUGAUCUAAAAUUCUCAUAUUGUUCCGAAGAUAAUAAAUGUACUUGUUUACG